UAUCCCGUAGUAUAGACCAGGCUUGAGGUUCUAACCGCUUGUAAUUGCUUAUGUCGAUGUACGGUAACCAAGUGGCAACUUGUUAAUCUGAAAAACGUGAUUUCGACCGCCGACCACCGACACGAGUUUCAAGAUAAACUGUUGAUUUGUAUUUUUAUUAUCUUUUCUCCUCGUGAAAUAACUCAUACUAUUUCGUGUAGCGCGUAUUGAGCAUUUACAAGUAUAAUCAUUUUUUUUUGUCCGAUUUGUUUAAUAAUCAAUUAUUCAUUAAAUUUAGUUAAAACUGCGUAUCUGACCAUGUCGGAUAUUUUUGUAAAGUUUAACAUACGCCACGAAAAAACAUUAAUUGAGGUUAACAUGAAACUUCCUGAAGAUUUAAAUGAAUUAAUAGAUUCAUUGAAAAAUGAAUUAAAAGUGGAAGAAACAGAUGAACUUGUGAUAUUAUGUCCAACACCUGAUGGAAAUAUGAUGGAACUUCAAUCGGAUGAUGAUCUCAAUUUUUUAAAGAAAACUAAAAUGGCGUAUGAUGUUGUAACCAAAGAAAUUAGAUGCAAAUCUGAACUUGUAGUAAAUGUAAUUAAAAAUUUGCCAGAUGACCCAAAAGCUCAAUUUAUGAUUUUAUCAAAAAAAAUUAACGACUUAACAAUUAAAGUUGAUAAAUUAUCAAAUGAUUUUUUCAAAAACAUCGAUGAAUUUAAAACCAGCACUUUUUCAACCAUUAGGUCAAUUUUAGCUGAGCACUUACAGAAAGAUUCUGGAAACAAAUCAAAGGAUAAUUUCAUUGGUGAAGUAGACUCUAUGGAUUUGAAGAUCAAUUUGGAAAAAAAUAAGAAAAAUACUGAGGAAGACAAGAAAAAGUUGUCAUCAGAAACUAACGAUGACUCAUCAGCCAUGUUGGAAAACAAAAGAUUGGAUAUACCCACACCUGUUCCACGUCAUUUUGAUGUUUUAAUAAAUAAGUUAGUAGCAGAUGGAUUUACCCACAAUUUGUUGAAUGUGAUAUCAUUGAAGAGAUUCAAUAAUGAUUAUGAAAAAACUGUAAAUUAUUUAAAAACGCAUCAUAUUUAUAAUAAAUCAUCAUAAUUUGUAUUCUAUAAUUAUUAUCAUGCACUUAUUAUUUACUGCAAAUCGAAAAUUAAAAUAAAAAUAAUUUUAAGAAAAAAUGUAACUUAUAAAUGUUUUUAAAUCUAUCAUUUUAACACUGACUGUUACAUGGUUUGACCUGAGCGAUUCCUCUGUAAUAGUAUAAUAAAAAUAUAAAAAAUACUGGAAUUUCAAACCACCACGAAUUAAAUAAUUUCAACCAUUUAUCAGUGCGGUCACAUAAGAACAAAUAGCUUAUUAUAUGCUGGUAUUAUUGGGUGAGACCAGAAAGUAAUACAGAUUGUCGACGCCCACCUCUCAGAACACAUAUGAUUUGUCGACGUCAGCAGUGAAAGUGUUAGGAAGAAGGUACAUAGUUAAGUUAACAGUUGUAUUGUGACAUAGACGCACAGUUUCUUAGAAAUCAGAUUAACACUCUAUGAGCGUUGUCAAUAUUAAUAAUUUAUCUACAUGGUAUUAUUAUAGUACUUUU